AUGGCCAAGUUCAACGGCGUCACACUUGAGCAGAUGAAAUACCUCGUAUGGAUAUGUGGAUUUGUCACCCCGCAGGAUGCUGGUGUUCGUGCUCAUGCCCUUUGUAAGAUGGAGGACAACCCUCAAGCCACGCUAAAGGCUUACCGUCGAAGUUCAGCACUUUAUCAACAUUCGAGCAAAGACUGCUCAAACCGUCUUCCUCAGAUGGAGCCUCCUGUCAAGCGACGAAACACACUACAAAAAGCUCAUCCAGGCCAAACAAGGAAAACAAAAAUGCUUGCAAGAAGCUUUGUCAAUUGGCCCACGAUGGAUUCCGAAAUCGAAAAACUUGUCAAGACCUGCCCAAGACGUGCAUCCGUGGGAAAGGAUCCGAUUAAAGCCGAACUAGAGUCUACAACUAGAAUUACAGUCAUGGCCGAAACCAUACUCGCCGUGGACUCGAGUCCAUGCUGGUUUCGCUGGACCGAUGGAAAGACGAUACUAUCUGUUUAUCGUGGACAUGAAAAUUUCUACAGUUCGGUGAAUUGA